AUCAAGAUGGACGAAGAGGCAGUUGGAGCCACUGACAAUAUUGUCACAGAAUUCAAUACUUAUGAAGACUUUCUAGACAGCCAAAUAACGCCUUUAGAUCUUUACUACUUAGAGGAUGAAGAUCUUGCAAGACAACUAGUUGAACUUGGGUAUCGUGGUAGUGGAGAGGUUCUCAAAAGAGAAGAAUUUGAAGCAAGAAAGGAAGCUGCUGAAGCAAGUAGAUUAUCUAAACGAAGCCAGCAAAAGACCUUGGCCAGCUCUGGAAAGGAUAUUAAAGAUACUUUUCUCAAAGCGUUGGCUGAGAGAGAGGAAGCAAAUCGUAGUGGAAAAAUGACAUCAAUAAUCUUUAUCAGGGACAAAAAUUCAAAAGGACAGGAAAUUUCUGGAUAUAUAGACUAUGCACAUAGACUGAAGACAGAGGAUUUUGAGCCAUAUUUUUCAGGACGRCGGMGGCUCCUCCCUCGAGUGUCUGAUUUAAGCUUUUACAAUUGGGAAACGCAAACUGCGACAUCGAAUCCGACACCAAAUUACCAGGUUAUCGCCGAAAACUCCACUGGAUUGCUGUUUAAAAAUAAAAGAGACAGAAAAAUAUUAAAUGUCGACCCAAAAGCUCCAACACCAGGCGAUAAUUCUGCACGAAUAACGAUCGUUACACCAAAAUACACACAAGUCGUCAUGUAUGACCACAUUACAAGACGAAAAACAUAGAAAAUAUAGAAGAAAAUUAGUUUAAAAAGUGUACAAAUUUCAUUCAAAACGUCGCACCAUUUUUUAGUUGUAUGUGUUCCGUGUAAAAUUUUUUUUCUUUUUAUUUUAAUUUUUUUUAUUAUCUAAACUGUAUGUAGAAGGAUAUUAUACUAUUAUAAUCUAAAAUGUAAAUAGAACUUUAAUUGAAGAACUAGACCCUGAUAGCAGGGUGUACUCGUGCCCUAAAGGUGUUGAAAAGUGCUGUCUUAUUCAGUACUUUUUCAAAAUGAGCUCAUUUAAAACUUUUCUUGUAUUUGACCAACCAUGUAAUAUACUGUCUUUCUCAAUUUUCAAAAAUAGUUCGACCGAGUUGACGYUCUAAGGAGGGUCUGGUUUAGAUGUAAAGAAUAGUGCUACUAAAGGCAUGCAGCUCAUCUAUACUUAUAAAUCACAAAGUGAUUUGAAAUCAAACUAUAUUAAGAGAAAAUAUUUGUGAAAGUAACUCCUUGUUGAUUACUUUUCAUGUAAUAUUUAGCAGCUUUUGAAGGAACUAGAUAUACAAUAA